AGACCGAGUAGCGGCGCUCAGCGCAUUCUAUCAGCCGAAGCUCAGCGCUCAUCCCGCGGACUGAGUGUUCUCGAUCCUCCGCCAAUUUACACCAUAAUUUCUGGCGAUCAGGCCGACCCGCGCGCAUCAAAUUAGCGCUUCGCCAUUCCCGCGAAACCAGACGGCGGAUUUUGUUCAAACUCGGGGCAUUUCGCACCAAGUCUCCUCUCUAUCAUAUUCGGGAUUAAUUUUUGAGGUACUACGACCUGAAGAUCACAUUUUCACUGUGUGGACCCUUCACAUCCGCGCUGGGACGAAGCGAGCGGUGCCAAAACAUCCCCGUUUAUCGUUUCGUGCGCCGUUGAGACACCAACCGAGAAGAGAGCAUGCGCGAGUAAACGGUUUCUGUGGCGGGACCUCAAGCUCCUCCACUCUGCAGGAGUCCCUGUGCUGUAGGACACGAGACCCUCACCCACACUCAGUUCAGCAGGUGUGAAGAUGAGGAAGUUUGCGUACUGUAAAGUGGUGUUGGCCACCUCUCUAGUGUGGGUGAUGCUAGACAUGUUCAUCCUACUCUACUUCAGCGAGUGCAACAAAUGUGACGACAAAAAGGACAGAGGAUUGCCGGGGAGAGACAUUGUGGUUCAGAGGCCUCAUGACGGCCCAGGGGAGAUGGGAAAGCCAGUAGUCAUCCCUAAAGACCAGCAGGAGAAAAUGAAGGAAAUGUUUAAGAUAAACCAGUUUAACCUGAUGGCCAGCGAGCUCAUCGCUCUCAACCGAUCUUUACCAGACGUCCGGCUUGAGGGAUGUAAGACGAAGGUGUAUCAGGACGAUCUCCCUCGUACCAGCGUGGUGAUCGUAUUCCACAAUGAAGCAUGGACCACUCUGCUCCGAACAGUCCACAGCGUCAUUGACAGGUCACCAAGACAACUGCUGGAGGAAAUCGUGCUGGUGGAUGAUGCUAGCGAGAGAGACUUCCUGAAACGUCAGUUGGAGCAGUACGUGCGACGGUUGGAGGUGCCUGUUAGGGUGAUACGGAUGGAGCAACGCUCCGGCCUGAUCCGUGCUCGGUUGAAGGGGGCGUCCAUCUCCACGGGUCAGGUGAUCACCUUCCUGGAUGCCCAUUGCGAAUGCACCACCGGCUGGCUGGAGCCGCUGCUCGCACGCAUCAGACUUGACAAGAGAACUGUUGUGUGUCCCAUCAUUGACGUGAUCAGCGAUGACACGUUCGAGUACAUGGCGGGGUCUGACAUGACGUAUGGAGGCUUUAACUGGAAGCUGAACUUCCGCUGGUAUCCAGUACCACAGAGAGAGAUGGACCGCAGAAAAGGAGACAGAACUCUGCCUGUCAGGACUCCCACCAUGGCCGGUGGUCUCUUCUCUAUAGACCGAGAUUAUUUUCAAGAGAUUGGCACAUAUGACGCAGGCAUGGACAUCUGGGGAGGAGAGAAUCUGGAGAUUUCCUUCAGGAUCUGGCAGUGCGGGGGAACUCUUGAAAUCGUCACAUGUUCUCACGUGGGUCACGUGUUCCGUAAAGCGACUCCUUACACGUUCCCUGGAGGAACUGGUCAGAUCAUCAACAAGAACAACAGACGGCUGGCAGAGGUCUGGAUGGAUGAGUUCAAGAACUUCUUCUACAUCAUCUCACCUGGUGUGACGAAGGUGGAUUAUGGAGACAUCUCAUCCAGAACAUCUCUGAGACAGAGGCUGCAGUGUAAGCCCUUCUCCUGGUACCUAGAGAAUGUCUACCCAGACUCCCAGAUACCACGGCACUACUACUCCCUUGGAGAGAUCCGUAAUGUGGAGACUAACCAGUGCCUGGAUAACAUGGCCAGAAAAGAAAAUGAAAAAGUGGGCAUUUUCAACUGUCACGGAAUGGGCGGCAAUCAGGUUUUCUCCUACACGGCCAAUAAAGAGAUCCGAACUGAUGAUCUUUGCCUGGAUGUGUCCAAGCUCAACGGCCCUGUCAUGAUGCUCAAGUGCCAUCACUUGAAAGGGAACCAGCUCUGGGAGUAUGACCCGGUGAAGCUGAGUCUGGUACACGUGAACAGUAAUCAGUGUUUGGAUAAGGCCUCUGAAGAUGACAGUCAGGUGCCCAGCGUCAGGGACUGCACCGGUGUCCGAUCACAGCAGUGGCUGCUCCGCAACGUCACACUGCCUGAAAUAUUUUGAGACACGCAAGCACACUGAGGGUCAGAUGGACCGACUCUCACACGGAUGUAAAGAGGAGAGAGAGAGAGAGAGAGAGAGAGAGAGAGAGGACUGCUUUUCUCUCAAUACCUGGUGGUCUGCCUUUAAUAGAUCUAUACAAACAGAACUGCAUAUGUAUAUGAAUCUCCCAUCACUCCACCGAAAUGAGCGAAAGAUGGAGAGACUCGUUGGAUAGAACACUUGAGUUUGAUGCCCUGGCCUCCUCGUUUGAGGAGGAGGGGGCGAUUUGGUUAUGUUUACGAGAACGGCUCCCUUUUAGAGUAUCAUUGUGUGUUGUGUGUGUGUGUGUCUGUGUUGAGAAUGUGUGGACCAGACAGUUUUCCACAGAGGAGUUUCGCCCUUUUAAUUUAAUUAAGCCUUUUAGAAAUGAAGGGUGUUUAGCACAUGAAGGAGAGGCUAAUAUGUGUGUGUCUGAGCGCAUGUGUGUGCAUGUCUUUGAGUGUGUUACAUAUCAGGAUGGAUCUUCCUACAGUGUCUGUGGAUGUUAGUGGACUGCUGUCUAUUCGCCCAAGCUGAGAAGCAAGGGCUCCCCCCACUGGCCAUUGACAAAUACUGACACCUGUCAAUCAAUCGAUCACUGAUCUAUAAUCUAUAAUCAACCAACGGGAUGACGGAUUAUCAAGGACUUUAUAGGAAACGUUUCAUAUCGUCAGUGUUCAUGCAACAUUUUUUACACCAGAUACUUUUCUUGGUUUCUGCAUUUUUGGGUACCACAUGAAUGCACUUUUCACUCUUGUAGGACUGUUGUCUCUCCAAAAGGUAUAAUGGCAGUUUGACACAAUUUGAUUAAAAUGGUUGCCUUGGUAACAUAAGUUGCAUUACCCAUAAGCACAUGGGUUCAUCAGGAAGAGAUGGAACAUAUUUUGUCAUAUCAUCCAACAAGGGCUUGGUGUCACUGUUUAAGUGUGUCAGAGAGAUUGACUGCAUUUACUUUUGUUUGAUAUUUCGUCUGUGUUUAUUUUCACUUCAAAGUAUUACUGAUGUGUAGACACAUUCCUUUUAAUUCAGCAAGUUGUCAUCUGAACAUGAUAGUGGCCAGUGUCUGGCUUUAAGAGAAACUACAAGCCACAUUUCAACUCAUGUGUUUAGGUGUGAGCCUAAAGAGAUUGAUUCAGAAUUAUGUUUUGCAUUUCAGAUUUUAUUGUUGAUCUGUUAUUUCACUUUUGUGAAUCCAGUCACUCCGAUCUCGUGUCAUAUCAGAAAAAAACAAGAAACUAAGACUGAAUAGUGCUGCUCAGAUGAGAAAGGAGGACAAUGGUUGGAAGAUCAAAGUGAAGUGUUGAGAUUUGUCUUGAAAAUUAGGAAACAAUCCUGAUUGUUUUUUACCCUUAAAAAUGUUUGACCCUGCCCAAAUACAAAUACUGCACUCUUCAUGUCCUGGUCUUUAAUGUUCAAUAUUUCUUCAGCCAAGAAAUUAUGAUUUUAGAUUGUAAAGGUUCUAAUACUCCACAUUUUACGAUUCUAAAAUUCUCAAUUUCUAAAAUGGUCUAAAUAUUGUCAAAUCUACAUGAACUACAGAAGAGGAGAUGAACUGAAGAUAACAUUUAAGUAUUUGUAUGGGAUAACAGGAUCACGUCUAGAGAUGUGUGAGCGUGUGCGUUUCUAUCUGUCAAAGGGAUGUCUUUAGUUUUUGUUUGUUUUGUUUUUUUGUCGAUGAGGAUCUGGCCUGCUGAAUGGUGGGUUGGAGAGCCCCGUGUUGAGAUGAUCCACAGGCGGGAGAAAUAAACCACAGAAAGUUUACAGUCUAACUCCUCUGUUGGUGUUUAUGACAAUUUCAUGCUAAGUGUAUCAGAAACAAUCAAUAUAUAUAUAUAUAUAUAUAUAUAUACAGCCG